AUGCCGCAAGCCGCGACAGGCCACUCGAGGCAUCCCACCAUUGGAUACCCAACAACUGUUGCCAACACAGCGAUUGCACCACUCCAAAAUACACUUACCACUACCUACACUGGGACCACAGUACCAUUGUCUGUCGCCCGUCGUCAGCAGAAUAAUGUCGUAGAACGCGAUCCGCGUCCAAGGAGCGAGGGUUGGGUCACUAUUCGUGAGGGCGGGUUCAUGCAGGCCUGGAAGCAGCGAUUCAUGAUUCUUCGCAACGAGUGGGUUGAUUUCGCCAAAGCAGAGGAUGGAAAGACAAUCUACACGCUCUUUCUCAAUGAAAUCGUUGCUAUCGGGCGCGCUGAGACUGGGAUUCCCACCAUCGAGAUUAGUCGCAAGAUUGAGGGGUCCUCGACAAGCCCUGGUGAAAAGGAGGGGUCGCUCAAGGUUCUGCACAUCAGGACAAAGUCCGAGAAGGAGUUGUAUACUUGGAUUGACUUCAUCCACAUUGCCUGUCCUGGCCUCGGAGGUGUCAGCAAUCCGACGAAUUUCUUCCACGAGGUGCACGUUGGCUUCGAUGCAGCCACUGAGCAAUUUGUCGGCCUGCCGCAGGAAUGGGUGCAGCUCCUGAGUGCGUCGGCCAUCACAAAGGAGGACUAUGCGCGAAACCCGCAAGCAGUCAUUGAAGCGGUCGACUUUUACUCUGACCUUCAAAAACAGUCCGAGUACCCAGCUGAGUUUUUCGCACUCACGCCAACCAAGAUAUCCCGCAUUGAAGAGGAUCUGCCUGCAAGCGAGUCCGCUUCAUCACUCCAGAACGUGCCAGUCGAGCGGCCAGCCGAAAAGGCGCAAGUCCCCGAAAAUCCGCCACACAAGCCGAAAAGGCAGCCCGAUAUUGUCCCUCAUCGCCCGCCACCGCAGGCGCCGAAACUAGCCCCCAAGUUGCCCGUUGUCCCGGUCUGGAGAUACGAGGAAAAUGAGCCGUCCUCAAUUCUUGAUCGUGCCGAGGCUGAGUAUCAGCUGACUCCAUUGAAGCAGGCACCCAAAGUACAGAAAGCGCCAGAACCUAAAGCAGAGGCGCACUCUUUCCCGGAUACUGUCAUGCCACUGGAUAUCCCCUCACGGCGCAGACAGGCUCUCCGACAUGUGACAACUUCCGAGGCGGAGCUGAUUGCCAAGUUACAGCCUCUGAUUUCGUAUGACGACCCCAACGUGUCGUACCAAAAGCACAAGAAAGUUGGCCAAGGAGCGUCCGGGUCCGUGUACGUGGCUACUAUUCGCAGCACAGCCGUCGGUAUUGCUCAGCAGUUGGUGCAGAAAAAGGGUUCCAAGACGCGGGUUGCGAUCAAAGAAAUGAACCUGGCCCGCCAAGCGCGAAAGGAAGCGCUUCUGGAUGAAAUUUCCAUUAUGAAGGAAGGCCAGCACAAAAACGUCAUCAACUUCCUCGAUGCUUUCCUCGUUAAUGAUAACCGGAUGCUCUGGGUAGUCAUGGAUUAUAUGGACGGUGGCGCGCUGAUUGACUUGAUUGACAAUAACCCGGCAAUUAGCGAGCGACAUAUUGCUACGUUGUGUCGCGAGACAUGUCUCGGCUUGCAGCAUCUUCACUCUAAACAAAUCGUACACAGAGACAUCAAGAGCGACAAUGUUCUCAUCGACUCUCGGGGCAAUGUCAAAAUUACCGAUUUUGGGUACUGCGCAAAGCUCACAGCGCGGCGAUCAAAGCGCCACACGCUGGUCGGCACCACGUACUGGAUGGCCCCGGAGGUAGUCAAGCAGAAGCGCUACGGAUACAAGGUCGACGUCUGGUCGCUGGGCAUCAUGGCGAUUGAGAUGGCCGAGACGGAGCCGCCAUACAUGGACGUGGAGCCCAUGCGCGCGCUGUAUCUGAUCGCCACGGGCAACACACCGCCGCUCCGCGAGCCGCAGAAGCACAGCGCCUUGUUGAAGCAGUUCCUGGCGUCGUGCUUGGUGGUGGAUGCUUCGCGACGAGCCACAUCCACCACGCUCUUGGAUCACGAGUUCCUCCGCUCUGGGGGCAGCACGAGCGAACUUGUUGAGCUUUUGGCGUUUAAAAGGCAGUUUACAAGCUAG